GAUGAGAUCCGGGUCGUCUGCCUCCAUCCCGGUCCUAUGCGAACAGAGUCACCCAUCACCUGUGAUCUCAUCACCGUAGAUCUGGAGAUAGCCCCCUCAUACGAGGCCUUGUCAUAUGAAUGGGGCAGCUCAUCCAGCAAGAAGCACACCAUUCGGCUCAAUGAAAGGCUAUUUUCCGUGAGAGAGAAUCUUUGGCGGGCCUUGUACAACCUCCGGGAUGCGCGAGAGCCAAGAAGUCUCUGGAUUGACGCGCUCUGUAUCAACCAAGACGAUAUCCAUGAGAGAAACUGUCAAGUAUCGAGAAUGGGGGAUAUCUAUUCACAGGCUGCCAGGGUUGUAGCCUGGAUUGGAGAGGAUGAUUCCGAGGCGAGAAAAGGCUGUGCCUUUCUAUCAGAGCUGACGGCGUGCAAGUGGGUAGCUCUGAGCAGUUUGUGUACGCGGAGUUACUGGUUUCGUCUUUGGAUUAUCCAAGAGGUGCUCCUCGCAAGUGACCUGCUCAUC